CGACUACUAAUAAAACUAAUAAAAUGCAGUCAUUCGUCAGUUAUUCAGUGUCAGAACCAACCAAAUUGAAGUCAAAGUUUCUCUUGACCUGCUCCGUUAUCAAUAUUUUGCUUUUCCCGAUAUGUGUAGGCUUAGAGGUAGCGUAUCCGUAUAUGUACCAAGGAAUAUGGGGGUCGAUCGCGUUUUUUUUUGCGGGAAUACUUGGCUUCAGCACUUCCUACACACCGGAAAAAUUGCUACUUUGGGCGACCCUGGUUUUUUCUUUUUUUUCCGUAGUUACAGCAACAAUUUCUUGCAUGAUAUCUUCAUUCGGCAACGCACAUGGAUACAGAGACUGCAUCUACGUUUGGAAUAGCACCUAUAAUUACAGGGAAUAUAUUUGUAGUGAUUAUUACUAUCCGAAAACCCAGAUAGUCUUGUUGGUCGCCGAAUUCGUUGCCGUGAUCAACAACCUUGUGAUUAUGAUAUUGUGCAGUAAAAUCAUCUGCAAUUGUUGCAAGACAGUAGCCCCACCAAUUCCAAUCAUGGCAGUUCAUCAGAAUGUCCACAAUGCGCAGCAACAGACGCCAAUUUAUUCGACUGAAGAGCAGUAACAAAUUUCAGCGUUCUUACCCAACAACAGCUUACUCAAGUCAACAGCAACCAAUGCAAAAGCAGAAUCAAGGCAAAUCCACAAUCCAAACUGAUCCAACUCCUCAGCCACCUUAAUCAACUGUGGAUACAUUGGAGCCUCUACAAUUGCGCAACACGGAUAUGUUUUUUUUUUCUUCUCUUCAUCAUUGUGUGAGAUGCGCUUUGUGUAUAAUAAGCAUGAACUAAUAAAGUCACUAUCUGUUCCAAAUAACGAAA